AUGACAGCUACAGACAUGAGCGCUCAGGCUAAAGAAAAGAAAAUCCGCGCAAAUUGCAAGUGCAAGUCGCCUACUUUAUUCUCCUCAUACUGUAUUGAAAGCAUACUGGGCAGAAGUCCUCUGAAAGUCAGGCUCCUCGGGAUGCAGAGUCUGACAGCAGCACUUCGGACAGAGGACCGUCAAGCUGGGCCAAAUUUGUCUCCUCACACUGAACCGCACCUGUUACCCAAACUGCGGCCCCCGUUCAAUCCUCGGAGAGAAGAUGAGCUGGAGAGCGCACAUGGAGACGAGCUGGAGAGCGCACAAGGAGACGACCUGGAGAGCGCACAAGGAGAUGAGCUGGAGCUCAGAGCAGGUCUAAACUCUUGCUACCCGGAAAAUGAACUCAUCACUUCCCUAAAGAGCCGCGCUGCUCAGGAUAAAAUAGACCCGGAUAAGAGCAGACAUCCUGGAGACGCGCGUCUCUCCCCGGGACCUGAGGACGAAUUGAGAGAGAGAAACACAAACACAAAGGACAGCGAGGACGGUGUGUACGUGUCACCGAGUAGUGACGCCGAGGACGGGACUCUGAGACGCAAACAGAGGAGAUACAGGACUACAUUUACAAGUUACCAGCUAGAUGAACUGGAAAGAGCUUUCCAAAAGACGCACUACCCUGACGUGUUCACAAGAGAGGAAUUAGCCAUGAGACUCGAUCUGACGGAAGCGCGUGUACAAGUCUGGUUCCAGAAUCGGCGUGCAAAAUGGAGAAAAAGAGAGAAGGCUGGGGUUCAGCCUCACCGUCUAGGACUUCCAUUUUCUGGACCCAUCACUGCAGCACAGCCUCUAUGCCAUUAUCUGGGUGGGGGUGCAUUUAGCCCCAACCUGCACCCAGGCAUUGAGUCAGGGUGGCCUGUCUCCCUCCAUGGAUUUGCCCAGCCUAUCCCAAACCCUGUUCCCCCAAACCGAAUCUGCUCCCUGCUUGGAGCAGCAAUGCUCAGACACCCUGCACUUAUUAGCCCUUCUUUUGGAAGAUUCUUCACCCCGCUGGCACUUCAAAGACUGCCUGUUCCCACCACAGAGAAUCAAAUCCUGCCUCCCCUUCACAUUCCUGAUCCUCCUUCCUCAUCUUCAUCCACUCUGUGUUCCACUUCCUCGCCCGUGGACCGCCGUGCGUCCAGCAUCGCGGCUCUGCGGCUCAAAGCCAGAGAGCACUCGGCUCACAUCGGCCAGCUCAGCGUCCUCACAGCCGGUACAGGUGAAAAAGAGGCCUAACGUCUCUCUCCCUACACACCCAAGA